UGAUAUUUAACUGCUGACGCUAUUAUUAGGUAGGUAGCUAUGGCCUAAGUAAGUGAGGGAUCUACAACUUGAGUCUACUUCUCAUUGUCCCUAUGAAGUGUUUCGAGCAACUAUCAGUUGUAUUUCCUAUAUCCCAAUCCCCGUCGUCUAUCAAGGCUGUGGUAGCAAUGUUCAUGAUAAUAAGUACCUAUAUACUUAGAGUUUAUAACUGCAUGUUGAUGAAACCAAAAUAAAAUUGACUUUACGCUUCGUCAACCUUGUGACUAAGUGGCUUGAUACUUCGGACAGUACAAAGCGAGAAUGUCCUUUGUGGAAAGGUUUUAGAUCAUGCAUACCUACAUACCGACACGGACCCCUUCUUUCUCAAGCCGUUAACUGAUGCAUUCACGAGUUCAGUCUAAGUAAUAAAGGAAGACCGAGUACAAAUCGACAUCAACCCAUUCUAAAGAGUCGACAUAAAACCACUAUCGCCACUCAGAUAAUUAAACUAAAGUCAACAUGUGCAAGAGUCACGACCUUUUCUAUAUGUGCGGAUGCCGGUUCGUCGAAGAGAGCACCGGCGAAUGGAAGUACGAAAUCGAGCUAUGCGACAAAGCUAAGAAGAGACAGAAGCCCUGUGCGAAACUCGAAGUAGCGCUGCCGAUCUUUGCCAAAGACACAUACUGCGACGAUCCGCACUGCCCAGCUUAUGGUUGAGCGGACAGGCCAAUAAGAUGGAGAUGUCGUAGGAUUCGGCGCGCCCGCAGGCCCGUCAGUCUUUUAAUCGCAUGCAAUUCUUGAUACGAUAUCACUUUAUCAUCUCGAAUCCGUACGGCCGAUUCUCGAGCGCUGGUC